AUGCCCGGAAUCCGUUUUCGCAACCGCCUCAAGGAAAUCGGAACUAGGACUGACCAUUUUAUACGGAAAGCAGCUUGGUACACGUGCAAAUGUCUCUUUUGGACAGUCUGCUCGCCCUGUGUUUGUUGCAUUGUACUGGUAAUGCCGAACCAGAGUAGACGAACGUUCGGGGUAUCCGCCCAGGCUCCAAAACCCAUGGUACCUUGCCCCCGCAGACGCGCUCUCAGUAUCACGUCGACAAGCCUACAGCAACAUCAAAGAACGUUUCCCCAAAAUCGAUCCGCCUUUAUGACCAAACUCCCGUUGGAGAUAAGGCGAAUCAUCUAUGAAAAAGCACUGGGCGAGGUGCCAAUACAUCUUUCACUUGUCAACGGCCAGUUGAACGCCCGGCGGUGCGCUACUCGAGGUUGUGCCUGCUACCUUCAGUCCCUUUCAGUUAAACACAGACUUCACGCUGCACUUUCGCUGUUGAGGACAUGUCGCCGCAUUUACUCAGAAGCUAUCGAAUAUCUGUACAGUUCGAACAAAUUCUUCAUUUCUACGGAUAUGGAAGACUACCCUACUAUGGGCUACUUGCCGUAUUUCAUCCAACCCCAACGGAUGAAUCAAAUUACCAACCUCCGCAUUGAUUGGGACCUCGAUCGCCACGGGUUCUUUCAAGUCGAUCUCAUGCCUCAAGCGCAUCGGGAUGAGUGGAAUAGGACGUGGGAUGUGCUGGGUAGGAUGAAUGGUCUCCGGACGCUACACAUACGGCUCUUCUUCUUUCUGGAUCUCUGGCUGCAAUGCUACGGCGACUUUUGGGAGCAGAAUGGGAAAGCACUCCUUGAACCCAUCACGAAAAUGACUGCACCAAAAGACUUUGUCGUCACUCUUCCAGAUUGGAGGUGUUCUACGGAUCUCGAUGUUGGAAAAUCCAGAUGCGUCUUCCAGCUGCCAGAACGGAGUGAGGAUAGCGCUCCAUAA